AGGCAAUUCUACCGACUUAUCGUAUUCCAAACUGCACGUAACAAUUUCUCGAAGCCCAACGUUUCCACACGGAGACGUCGUGGUUUCGCUCGGUCCCGAGUCCUGAGCAAAGUAUCGGUAAUCGGAUUAAUCAUCGCAGGCGCCAGUUUUCUCAAUUAAAAGCUCACCUAUAUUUCAUCGAUCGCUGCGAACUCAAGAAGACAUGCUCGGCGAUGGAGGAGAGACUCCCUCUAGGUCGGAAUUGCUGAUUAUGGUAAAGAAGCACUCCAAGAACUUGUCAGCGAAAGCUGCCGUGGAUGAGCAGGAUGACUCCUCUGAUGACGCCGAUAUGGAUUUGGGAUUCUGGCAUGAUGUCUUCGAUUUGUAUUUCGUUUGCGGUAAGGAGUCCAAAGGGCGCCAGGAUGAUGACCUCUUAUUCUUCGUCCGGAAAAAGAGUUUGCCAGGGAUUGGUUUCGGUGAUUAUAUGGAAGGUGGCUCUCCUUACUUUGUUCGCAGGUGGGCACCUAAGUUGAAUACGUUAAUCAGUGAUAAUUCAGCAGAGGUGGAUUGGAGGUGUUCAUUUUACUUGAACUUGAUUGCUCACACUUCAUUCACCAUAACCGUAGCAAUUUGCAGUCAUCAGGCCCUUCGGAACUACCAGUCUGAUCGAGACACGCCACUAACUUCUAUAUACAAGGUUGUAAAGACCGUUUAUGCAUCACCAAGUCGAGUGAAUUUUCAUUUGGACUCGCAAAAGGAAGUAGAGACAACACCUGCCUAUCCCGAUAUCUGUUUUGCCGUGGACGACUUCGACUCAACUUUUGAUGCAGUGGUCUUGACUAGUACUGAUCAUUGCUAUUGUGUGCUUCUCAACGCACACGAUGGGGCAGCGUUUCCUUCAGAAAAUGAGCCACAUUAUAGUGCUUCUAGUAGUAAUAGCCCUCAAAAAAAUCAUACUAAUUCUGACAAGGCGAAAAAUAGUGAGAUUACUCUGUUCUCAGGAUUUGUCAGCUACCCAAUGGUUCGUGAAGCAUAUGACGCUGGAAAGUCUCGAUUUGGGAGUCUCCUUUCUCCCCCUGGCAAAACGGAUAGGCUUUACAUGAAAGGCCCUGGAGGCCGCGGUGAAGUUGAGGUAGCUGUUUCUGGUGUUGCAGAUCAAAGCCAGGAGGAUUCUGGCCCAUUUUCACCAAUAUCAUCAAAGAAAGGAUUUGGGAUUGGCUCAAUUGUUCGUAAAGCUGCAUCUGUUGCAUCCGUGGCAGCAAAGAAUGCAUAUGCAGCUGCUUCUGCCACCGGAACCUCUGAUGAGAUGGUGCCCCUCAAAUGCUGCUUAAUGUCUAUAUCACUGCCUUGGGAACACAUUGCUUAUGAUAUUUUGUUCAAGGGAACUCCUGCAGUGAACUUGUAGGCAUCCCAUGUUUUAUUCCUUAAAAUGCGUAAUAGUGCUGAUUGGUACCUGCAAGAGGAAAGCAUGGGAGAUGGAGGAUUCACAACCAUCGCGUCAGAAUUGGAAGAUCGCUUUGUAAUCUACUUGGGCCUUCUGGUUUGACUGCGUCGGGGCCAUAUGUGUGGAAAGGAUUGUAUAUUAUUCUCAUUGUCUAUAAGUUCCCAGAUCAGAUGUGUGCAGUGUCAAUUCUUUGUUCCCAAGUUGAAUACCGUCAUCACGAGUAUAUUGAAGUGUUGUUUAUCUUCUCUAGUCAAGUUUUGGGAGGGGAUUACAACACUAAGAUAUGAAACCUCUGAAAAAUUCCAUUCCGAACUUGAAAUGUAGUUUACGAGCAAUAUAUUAUUUACUUUGUCAAUUAAUUUAUUGGGUUGGGUGUUUCACAUUA